AUGAGUGCCAUCAAUGGGGCUGAAGUUCUUGUUGGCCUUACGACAGUGUCUGUCACACUGGACUUUAGCCUGCACAGCGGUCUGAUGGCUUGGCCGCUGAGCCACAAUUUGACUCUGAAUCAGAGUUCCCCAACGUUUGAUCCUCUGAAUGUCUCUGAGGGGGCAGAAGUCUCUCGGAAGUCCAUCAGGGAGAAGAACUGGCCCGCCCUCCUCAUCUUGAUCAUCAUCCUGUUGACAAUUGGGGGAAAUAUUUUGGUCAUCUUGGCUGUUUCUUUGGAGAAGAAGCUCCAGAAUGCCACUAACUACUUCCUGAUGUCCUUGGCAGUAGCAGACAUGCUGGUGGGAAUCCUCGUCAUGCCAGUGUCUCUCAUCACCAUUCUCUAUGAUUAUGCUUGGCCUUUGCCUAAACAAUUGUGUCCCAUCUGGAUUUCCCUAGAUGUGCUCUUUUCCACUGCCUCUAUCAUGCAUCUCUGCGCCAUCUCCCUCGACCGCUAUGUUGCGAUCCGUAACCCCAUUGAGCACAGCCGGUUUAAUUCCCGCACCAAAGCGAUUAUGAAAAUUGCUGCUGUUUGGACCAUCUCCAUAGGAAUCUCAUUGCCCAUCCCGGUCAUAGGCUUGCAAGACGAUUCUCGGGUGUUCGUGAAUGGAAGCUGCGUCCUAAAUGACGAGAACUUUGUCCUCAUUGGCUCCUUCGUAGCGUUCUUCAUCCCUCUCAUUAUCAUGGUGUUUGCAUACUGCCUGACCAUUCAGGUCCUGCAGAAGCAGGCAUCGGUGUUCAUGUACGGGGAGGCCCCCAAGCAGAGGCGAAGCAGCAUGAAUUGCCUCAAGAAGGAGAACAACACAGAGAACCUCUCCAUGCUGCAGAACCACGAGGCCGCCUCUCACUUAAACUCUCCUGUGAACAAAGAAGGAGUGCUCUUCAGGAAGGGCACGAUGCAAUCCAUCAACAACGAGCGGAGAGCUUCCAAGGUCUUGGGCAUCGUCUUCUUUCUGUUCCUCAUCAUGUGGUGUCCGUUUUUCAUCACUAACAUCAUGUCCGUUCUCUGCAAAGAAGCCUGUGAUGAGGCCCUUCUUGGAGAGCUUCUAGACGUCUUUGUUUGGGUGGGUUACAUCUGCUCUGGGGUCAACCCCCUGGUAUACACACUCUUCAACAAAAUCUACCGCAGGGCAUUCUCUAACUACAUCCGCUGCCGCUAUACCAGCAGUAAAAAAUCAGUUCAGUGGCACAAUCAGUGCCCCAACGUCUCCUCAACAGCUUUGUAUGGGAAAGACCUCAAUUUAAACAGUUAUCGCAAUGGCAAUGAACUGAACAGCCUAGAGCUGGACGAGACGGAGGAUGCUUUGGAAAUGCACGUGGGGACCUCUGAGCUUUCAAUAAAUAGCUGCAGUGGCGAAAAGACCAGUAGUGUGUAA